AUGAAAGUUGCAAUCAUCGGCGCUGGAGCAAGCGGCCUAACCUGCAUAAAAUCUUGCAAAGAUGAUGGUUUGGAGCCAGUGUGCUUUGAACAAGAGGAUUCCAUCGGAGGACUGUGGUAUUUUACAGAAGAGGAGCGGCAUAGCUCUGUUUACAGAUCAACUGUAAUCAACACCAGUAAAGAGAUGAUGUGUUUUUCAGAUUUUCCAAUACCUAAGGAGUAUCCACCGUAUAUGCGCCAUGAUAAAAUCGUACAAUACUUCCAUCUUUACGCUGAAGCGUUUGAUCUCUACAAGCACAUUCGAUUCCGUACGAAAGUAGUCGAUCUUAGAAAAACGUUUGAUUUUGAAGAGAGCGGAAAAUGGGAGAUUGUCUUUCAAGAACUCAACGGGAAGAAUCCUGGAGAAGACAAAGUAGAAGUUUAUGAUGCAGUGAUGUUAUGUGUCGGGCAUCAUUCAGAACCUUCGUGGCCAAAUCCUAAGUUUCCGGGCCAGGACGAGUUUGCUGGCGUAAAGAUUCACAGUCAUUCCUACAAGGAUUUUAAACCCUUCGAAAACAAAAAGGUUCUGAUGUUGGGUAAGUCAAACAGACAGUCAGAUAGCAUUUAUUUUAGCGAAAUAAAAAAUUAAGGCCUGGUAUACAUAAAGGAGAUUGGUCCGGAUUUAUAAAUGUACUGGAUGUAUAACAAUAAAAUUAUGAGAUUAUGCAAAUAGCCAGGUGUUUAUACUGGCCGGGGGGACACUCAAGGAAAGUUUGGGUGGUGAUGUGCUGACAAGGCCUUCAAACCCUGACCCAAUUCACUAAUUCACACCUAAUGGGGAAGUGCUCUCCCUCCCCUGGCAUUUAAACAAUUUACAACACUGGUUGGGGGACUUUGCCAGACUGCUUAAGGUGCAGGUUACAAGUAAUGAGGGAAUGAGUACUGAUGCCCCCAUACAUGAGUGUGAAAGUGAGAUAGACCACUACACUGGGCACUACGUACCCUACUCUUUACAAAGAGUGUGUGGGUCGUGUAACGUCCUACAGAUUUAUUACAUGUGCAAGGGCUUGUGAGACGGGGCCUACAGUUUAUCGUCCUUAUCCAAGUAGACUAGAAAGUCUAACCGUUUGCAGAUGUCAUUACAAAGGCAGCACUUUCUCCUCAGUUAUUUAAAGACCCUGAGUGUUGGUCUGGCCGGGAUUUGAACCUAUGCCCUCCCCUCAACAGACCGGGGCUUAUCCCAUUGAGCUAACCGGGCGGCAGUUUUGGUGAUGGUUAAUAUCAUUUGAAACUAGAAGCAGAGACAUUAACAAUAGAUAGUUAUGACACCAACUUCUUGCCCGUUUUUCUCCUUCCUUGACCUCUGAUUUCCUUGGAAUAGAAUACUUGUUAAUGUAGUUAAUGUUUUAUUUUAUUUUAUUAUAUUGUCAUGUCUCAAAAGAACUGGAAACAAACAAAUUCAAGGAUUUGAUUGGCUAAAAUCGAUCCUGACCGUGGUCUAGAUUUUCCCAUCUAGACCAGCUUCUAGACCGAUCCGGUUGUAACAGUUGUCCUCAAAAAGUUACAAACAAAGAAUAUGAAAAAAUUGGCUUGUUUGUACAAAGUUUGUACAAAGCUGGACUUUGAACAGUUAUUUUUGUCCCGUUUGGACUGGAGACCAGUGACAGAGGAAAGCCAGCUAAAUGCUUGAGCCCGCGCAGGGAAGCAAAUAAAAUUAUUUAUGUUUUUGCUCCUUUGCUUUCUUGUUUGGCCAUAUAAUAAACAUCUUAUUAACCGAGCUAGGUCGGUCUGUAUGGGAGAAUCUUGACCUCAGUCGCUGGCACAAACAUCACUGCGUUCGGUCUGUAAUGAAGACCUUGGUCAAGAUUCUCCCAUGCAGACCUCCCGCUCAGUUAAUAAGAGCUAAAUAUAAACACCAAUGAAAUACCAGGUGAGCUUUUGUGCGAAAACAGAUCCUUACACGUGAAAAUAACAUGUUAUCUUCACAUGUGAAAAGAUCACCAUUGCUAUGGCUGCAUAAUAAAUUGCAUCUUUCACAGCCAAAAGCUAUUGAAGUGAAAUAGUUUGGUAUUUCAUUGGUGUUUAUAUAAUAUAAAUAAAAAUAGAACAUUACAUGGUCGCUUGGAGAUACAAAAUUUCUCUUCUCACAUUGAAAAGUAUUAUUAACCACUCGAAGAGAAUUUUUUUUAUUGCCGCACGGCCAUGUGAUAUCUUCUUUUUUAUCUUUCCAUGAUGCGUGAUAGCUUUAAAAUCAGCGUGAUGCAUGAUAGGUUCCUCCCCCCCCAUUUGCUGCCCUGUAUAUAGCUAACAAUUUUCAUUUGAAUAUAAUCAAAUUGCUUUUUGAGUAAACAGACCUUUCUAUACAAAUUUAGAUUGUGAGAGUUUAACAUUUCCAUCCAGUCAGUCAUUUUUUCCGUCAAAAUGCAUAAAUUAUUCCAGAUGAGAAAGCACCAGCUUGUCAACUGAGAAAUAACCCAGUUUUAGUCAUCUUGACCAGUGAGAGUUUGUCUUGGGGGUUAACUAAGGGUCGCAUGUCCUGCAGUAUAUAAAUCAUUUUACAUACCAUUGCAAUAUAUAAAAUGAUUAAUACACUGUUAUUAUUGUUUUUUUGUGCAGGUAUAGGAAACUCUGGAGGAGACAUUGCCGUGGAACUUAGUCGCCACUCUUCACAAGUCUUCCUCAGCACUCGCAGGGGUGCGUGGGUGCUGUCCCGCCUUGGGAAAGGUGGUGAACCCGCAGACCAACAAGCAGGGAGACGAUUUAUAUGGUAUUUACCUAGAAAAUUACUUGGUUACCUUUUUCACAAGGUAGUAAAUGAAAGAUUUGAUCAUGAAGCAUUUGCAUUGCGCCCCCAACAUCCUAUUACUGCUCAGCAUCCUAUGGUUAAUGAUGACCUUCCCCAUCGCAUCAUCACAGGAAGUGUGGUUGUUAAGCCUAACGUGAGCCACUUCACUAAGACAGGAGUUGUUUUUGAUGAUGGUUCUGAAGUUAAUGACUUGGAUGUAGUGAUCUUUUGCACAGGAUACAAGAUAGGAUUCAAGUUUAUAGAUCAUUCCAUUUUGCCUGUAAAUGAUAACAUGGUUGAAUUGUACAAAUAUGUAUUUCCACCAAACCUGGAAAAACCAACUCUUGCUGUUCUUGGUUGCAUUCAGCCCCUCGGAGCUAUUUUUCCUAUAUCAGAGUUGCAAGCACGCUGGGCAACGCAAGUCUUCAUUGGAAAGAAAUCACUCCCCACGAAGGUUGCUAUGAUGGAAAACAUAAAAAAGAAAAAAGAAGAUAUGGCAAAGCGAUACUAUGCUACUAAGCGUCACACCAUACAGGUGAGAUGUCAUAAUAAUUAUAGGACCUCAAAAUUUGCAAGAAGAAAAGUACCCUUAGUGACAUGCUCUAACACUCGACAAUAUUUAUCAACUCUAAAAAGAUUUUUUGCAUGCAAGACACCUGUGGCCACCUUAAGGCUGGUUCUGAUAUGCUGCCAGUGGUCUCCCAAGGUAUUUAAGGCUAUGAGGGCCACCUGGCUUAAUUCACUGGAAAAAUGCUGCCACCUGGCACCCUCGGCCAACAGAAGCCUAUGUUGACAUUUAGAAGUAGUUAUUUCAGAGAAGAAAUCACUCUAUAAAAGUUAAUGAAACAUUGUCUGGUGUUUCUAUUUGAGUGUUUUCUCACAAUUGUUCAUUGAUUAUAAAAUUGAUUUACUGUUGGAUGAAUAUUUUUAAACCUGUGAUGCAUUGCUUUCACUAAACACAAACAGCAGCCAUCACAAAGGGCCAUUCAAGAAGCUUAGAUGGAAAACGAAAUGAAAUUCUUGCACUCACUCUUUAGGGAGUUUCAAAAUCAAGAACUUGGUCAAUCAAAGAUGUGUGAAACGAAAAUAAAAAGCUGGUCAAAACAUUUACUGAGUCCUUUUUUUCUGUGGAGAAAGACAGAAAAUUGAUGGAAAUGUGGUGGAAGAAGUUCAGAGACCUAAAACAACACCAGAUCUUCCAAAAUCACUUAUUCCAAACAGCAAAAAUCAGGUUUUCAUCCAGCAUGACCAUUUCCAAGUUUUUCUUAAUUUUUUUUUCAGGCAAGAGAGCAGGCUUCAUACAAACACUGUUGAAAACCACAGUCAAAAUACCACCUAACAUCCAAUGCAGACAUUCUUAGGGCUUCAUGUUGUCACAUGUUAAUACCCCCUGGCCUUCCUUAAAUACUAAGGAGAACACUGGCUGCUCACCUGGGGUCGGUUGUUCAAAUCAGAUGGGUUUAACUAAUCCCGGGUAUGUUAGGCCUUAAACCAGAGAUUAAAUUUCUCAACCACGGAUUUGUUAACUUUAGGUUGAAAUUGCAUUGUUCAAAGUGCAGUUAGAGGACUGGCUAGUUAACCUUGGGUUUACUGCAACUAACUUGCAGUUUGCAUCCCAUAAUACCUUAUUACAUGAAAUGUUGGCGACAUAUUAAUUUAGCGAUUUUGAAAAAUCCUUUUUUAGUGGCACUUUAAUUUAGCAAUUUUUCAAAAUUAUUGUGUAAUGUAAGUGACUUAAUUUUCGCAUUUUCACAAACUGAAACUUUGGCAAAUUAAGGUAUUCAAAACGUUUACGACGACAAUAAAACAUUUAUGUGAUAAAAUCAAACAUCAGUAGCUUCCUUUUAAUUAAAAUCACACAACAUUCUGAAACUUAAUUUUGAACAAAACAAACAAAACUGCAACUACUGUAAUGCUAUGACCUCACUCAGAUUCAAGGUACACAAAGUCAAUAAUACAGGUCAUAAUCGACUCUCAAAUAGCAUAUGUGUGUGAAAGUGAUCAGAUGGUGAAAUUUCAUAUAAUUGUACUCAUUUAAAUUAACCCAUUUGCUCCUGGAGAUUUUGCCGAAAAAUGCGUUUUGAAGCUAGUAGAGUGGUUUUCUGGUCACUGUUGUGCUAUAAAGAGCUAAAACUUACCACAAACCGGUUUACAGGUCGUACCCUUCAUAGCCUUCUGAUCCAGAUGCAACAUAUCAGCUUGCGAAGUUCGGGCAUGCGCAGAAAGCAAAAUUUCGAGAUAGUUUUUGGGUUUAAAAGUGACACAGCAGUCUUGACUUUUACUUUUCGCUUUUCUUGCCUCAUUUUUUUUUCUCUUGCUGGGCAUUUAGUAGGCUUCAUUUUGGUGGGAAUAGUUUUUAGGAAAGCUUUUACGAUCUUAGGAUUACGUGAAAGGAAAGGUAGGUGGGCAAUAGAACAAGAUUUUCAUGGAGAUUUUCAGGUCAAUGUUACGUGGUUUUUUGCCUCUUUCUCUGGUGUCCUUGACUGAAUUGUGCUCAUUCUGGUAUGGUUUGAAAGACCUCUUCACUCUGCACAAGUUAGCAGACAAAGUUGUCCUUGACCAUUAAAACUGAUGACGUCACAAAGGGUAGAAAGGACGUGGAUCCGCACGGGCGGUUACAGGCAGUUCAGGGAUGAAUGGGUUAAGUGACAAUUUAAAUUUAGUAACACUUAAUUUUGAUGCCUUUUACUUUAACGAUUUUAAGAAUUUUCGAAAAAUCGCUGAAUUCGCCAAAUUUUAGUGUCACCAAAAUUUCAUGUACAAUGGAACCCCGAUUUAACAAAGGGCCAAGGGACUGACAACGUUUGUUCACUAUAAUUCAUUAUAUCGAGGUUCUUUUUCAUAUAAUUAUUUUCUACUAUUGGGGAAAAGAAAAUCAUUCGUUAUAUCGAGGACUUUGUUAUAUAGAUAUAGGUUCGUUAAAUCGAGGUUCCACUGUAUUAAGGUACUUUUAAGUUCUUUUAUGUCCUCAAACAUAAGAGGAGGAAAAAUAAGUAAACCCAGAAAACUUAUUUCUUGCCUCAGAUUUGCUAUUAACCAAGAAAGUCAAAGAAAAAUUGCACGUUUCACAAAGUAUGUUGACAAACAGUGUGACAAGCCAAAGGAAAAAAGUGUGGACACAAAUAACACCAAAACCAUGCUGUAGGCCUGGUGAAAGUCCCAGGCCAGAGAAGUGGCAGAAUCUUCCUUCUUGUGCCUAGUUUAUAAUAAUUCACAAACUUUCAAAAAGAAACAAAGAGAACUGGUGGGCUCUAAGGUCUUCAUAAAAUUUUCAAUGUUUAUCUCUUAUCACUCAGGUUGACUACAUUCCAUACUGUGAUGAAAUUGCCAGUGAGGUUGGUUGUAAGCCAGACUUGUGCAGGCUCUUUGUCAGUGACCCAGUCUUGGCCCUAAGGUGCUUUUUUGGACCCUGUACACCAGCACAGUAUCGUCUCAUGGGACCUGGUACAUGGGUGGGUGCAAAAAAGGCCAUUGAAGAUGCUCCUGGAAAUGUGAUUUAUGCAACAAAGACCCGAACUUCACCACACGAGAAGAAAAUGACAUCCACAGAAACACACAGCCUAAAGAUUUUGGUUUUAGUGGUUGUGUUGGUUGCUUUCUUUCUGAGAUACAUACAGUCAUAGGUAAUUCAGCCAUCAGAUGUUAUUGUAAAUUUUACUUCUUAGCUUCUACAAUAAUGCAGUACUUCAGUUCAACCUUUCUUUAAUGGCCACCUUGGAAUAUGUAACAUGUAAUAACAAACAAGGGUUUAAGCCAUUUACUUUAUCUUGUACAUCUUUUUCAGAUCCAGAAAGAAAUACACUAUCAAGUUACACUUGCCAGGUUUCACCACAAACAAUCAUUAA